CAAUUUUUCUUCAAUAAUUGUGAUAUCAUUCAUGACAAUAAACUUUGGCCCCUCGGUGUUUCAAUCAUACAUUGUCUUUGUCCUUUUUCACAUUUGGGAUCUCUUUUUCCAACUCAAUCGCUCAUCAAUUAUUAUAAAUAAAUACAAGUUCCGUUUUUAAUAUUAGCAAUUCAAACACCAACUAAUUAAAGCAAAAAAAAGUUGUGAUAUGAAUAGUUGAUAACUUGUAUUGCUUGAUUUGGCCAAAAAAAGAAGAAAGGAAAGACCCAUAAUGUAAUUUUAUACUGUAACAAAAACAAUGUCUCUAAGUAAAGAGUAAAUUUUAUUGAUGCUGUUAUUUAGUUUAAACUUAUUUGAGUAAUAAUAUGAAAAGCUUUUUGUUUUUUGUGGAUUGAGGUGUGUGUGUAUUUUAUAUAAAAUAUGCAAGUACUCACAUGUAUUGUGUCCCUCUCCUAUAUAAAAGAGAGAGAGAUGGAGUGUUAAAGAAGAGAGAGAGAGAGAUAUUAUUAUGGGUUUGAAGAAUGACUUGGUGGUGUACACAAGAUUAGAAUGUGAAAGCUGUGAGGAAAUGACUUGUUGUAUAGAGAAAGCUAAAGAAGAAGGAGCAGAUCUGGUGGAGCUUUGCAUUGACGACUUCACUUUCUCUGACAUUUCACAACUUGAACUACUACUCAAGCAAAGAAGUUUACCAUCCAUAGUUUCUUUCAGGCCAAAAUCUCCGAUAAAUUCUGAGGGGAAGAAAACAUGUAUCCAAGUUCUCAAAUUAGCUGUGGAAUUGGACGUUGAGUUCGUCGAAGUCGACACUCAGGUUGUCUGCCAUCAAGUGGUUGCUGAAUUGAUGAAGAGCCGAUCAAAUAGCAAAAUAAUUGCUUCUACUUAUGUCAAUGGUGGAAACCCUACUAAAGAGACACUUUGUAAUUCCAUCAUAAACCUGCAGUCCACAGGAGCAGAUAUCAUCAAACUUGUCAUUGAUGUAGCUUAUAUUACAGACGUUGCACCAGUUUUCCAUAUGCUUACACAUUCUCAGGUCCCUCUAAUUGUUAGGGCAGCAGGGGAUAGAGGACUUAUAAGCCAACUAUUGGGUCCAAAAUACGGUGCUUUCUUUGUUUGUGGAUCUUUGGGAGGCAAAUACACCCCUGGCUUGCCACCUUUGACCACCAUUAAACAGGUUUAUAAACUCCAAUAUGUCAACCCAGAUACUAGAAUUUUUGGUGUUAUCUCAAAUCCUGUUGGCCAUAGCAAGGGACCCCUUCUACACAACCCCGCCUUUAGGCAUACAGGAUACAAUGGAAUAUAUGUCCCACUACUAGUUGACAAUGUCAAGGAAUUCUUUCGGGUUUUCUCAUGCAAUGACUAUGCUGGUUUCAGUGUUGGUAUCCCACAUAAGGAAGCAGCAGUACGGUGUUGUGAUGAAGUUGAUCCACUUGCUAAGUCUAUAGGAGCUGUAAACACAAUUAUAAGGAGGCCUUCUGACGGCAAGCUCAUUGGUUAUAAUACAGAUUGUGAGGCUUGUGUGACGGCAAUUGAAGAUGCACUUAGAGAGAGACAAAAGACCAAUGGCCAUGCAUCAAAUGUUUCUCCAAUUGCUGGGAAAUUGUUUGUAUUAGUUGGGGCAGGUGGUGCAGGGCGAGCUAUUGCUUUUGGUGCCAAAAGCAGAGGGGCAAGGGUUGUAAUAUUCAACCGCAAAUAUGAGAGAGCAAAAGCUCUGGCUGCAGCAGUAUCCUGUGACGCUUUGCCAUAUGAACAUCUGAACGAUUUCUGCCCUGAGAAGGGAAUGAUUCUUGCAAAUGCUUCUGCUGUGGGCAUGCAGCCAAAGUCUGAUCAAACUCCUAUCUCAAAGGAGGCAUUGAGAUCAUACGAACUAGUAUUUGAUGCAGUUUACACACCUAGAAAUACACGGUUAUUGCAGGAAGCUACAGAGGUUGGAGCUACAGUGGUGAGUGGGGUUGAGAUGUUUGUCCGGCAGGCACUUGGGCAGUUUAAAUUGUUCACCAAUGGAUUAGCACCAGUAGAUUUUAUGCGGAGGAUUGUAUAUGAGCAAUUUUGAUUCAUUUAGAAGAAAAUCAGGAUGAUAUUUGACAACUCCAUAGAAGAUGAGGUUUCUGAAAAAAUUCUUAUGAUUUACAUGGGAUAUAUGUAUAUAAAUUAUGAUUGUAAUAAUAGGAAGAAACAUAUAUCCCAUAAAGGGCAAUAAUACUUGUUAUGUUAGAUGAUGAAAAUUACUGGAACAUGAUUCAUACAGCUGCUGAUGUUAUUAUGCAUUUGAUUGAAAAAACAAUUGUAAAAAUUAAGAAUGAAAUUCCUUGUUACUGGAGGCAAGGCAUUGAAUAGUGGGUAAUUAAACAAAAACAGAGAGAUGCAUUCAUGGCAAUUUGGAAUAUUUUCAGCGUGAUUGGUGGGCAGAGUUUGUUGCAGUUAAAGGAAUAGUAUAAUGUCGAAAUCCAACAACUACAACUUUGUUGGCAACUCAUCUCAAAAUGGUAUGAACCCAAUGAGGGCGUUUGGUCUAGUGGUAUGAUUGGGUCCCGAGUUCGAUUCUCGAAACUCCCCCUUCUCUUCUCUUUUUUAUUUUGAUUACAUGAUGUCCUUUUCACUUUUCAAGGCUAUAACUGCUAAACACACACUAUAUAGCUUCCCAUUCUUUUUGUUGUUGGUGUAAGAAGGUGCUUUUCCGUUUUCAACACUCGGUGUUAUGAUUGAACUUGUUUCUGCAGUAUAUGUAACUUACGACUCACCAGACGCUGCAAUCAAAAUGAUAGAAUGAAUGGUUUCCAACUAGACGGGAGGUUUCAUUCAGCUUAAAAGAGAAAAUAAAUACUUAAGCCACUCACUAUAUAUGGAGUUUGCAGCCAGUGCCUCCCACUUAGCAGUGACAUAGCAACUGAAUGUUCCCUUGUACCACUCUGAUCUGUAACAUUUGUAAAUUCAUUGAUUCUUCUAAUUGAUAUGACUGUCAUUAAGUUUA